UUAUUGUCUGUUUCUUCAGCUCUGAUUCAAAGCCAUGAGUUUUCUCACCGGAUCUCGUUGACUGUCGCUGACCUUGGAGAUAACGUGACUUUGACAUGUUCACGCUCUGGGGAUCAACCCAGGUUUUUGUUCUGGCACAAGCUGAAUUUUGGAAAUAUGUUUCAAAGGGUUGCUGUGGGAUAUUUGAACAGAACAACACUUGAAUAUCCCUUUAACAGCUCAAGAUUCAGGUUCACAAAACGGCAUGAUGUGUAUUCUCUGACCAUAAGAAAUGUAAGAAAAGAAGAUGAAGCAACAUACCUCUGUCAAGGAGGAUCUUCAAUAUCAAUGGUGUUUUUCAAUGGCACACUUUUGGCUGUGAAUGAUCCUAAAAACCAGAAGAAAUCGGUCUACGUGAAACAAAGUCCAGACGUGGAGUCGGUCCAGCUGGGAAACUCUGUGACUCUGAGGUGUUCACUUGUCUACAAGAAGGAAGAAAACACGAGUCGGUGUCCAGGUGAACACCGUGUGCACUGGUUCAGAGCUGGAUCAGAAUCCAAUCCGGGCAUCAUUUACACUGACAGUACCUGCAGUGAUGGACAGGAGGGAAGGAGCUGCGACUACCGUCUGUCCAAAACCAUAAGAGAGUCCUCAGAUGCUGGAACUUACUACUGUGCUGUGGCCACGUGUGGACAGAUCCUGUUUGGUGAAGGAACUCAAGUGGAGACAAAACAAACAUGGGACCCAGCAAUCAUUGUGCUUGGGACACUGUUGGCUCUCUGCUUGGUGGUGAUUUCAGUCCUUGUUUUCUCAAGAGACUAA